AUGCGACUGCAGCUUCAAAAUCAAGAUGGCUUCCCAUGGUGCUCUUCUUUCGGUGUCCAAAAUUAUUUCUCCUUUUUGGGGUGGGCGCCUUGGAAAUACGGUUAAAGUAUUUGGAACUACUCUGACAAGUCGCAGGAAUAAGACCUUGCUUACUGGAGAAAACAUUCCUCCUCCUGCAAAAUAUGGAGGCAGACACACUGUGACCCUCAUACCUGGAGAUGGAAUUGGCCCAGAGCUGCUCAGUCACGUCAGAGAGGUUUUCAGGUUCAGCUGUGUGCCAGUGGAUUUUGAGGUGGUGCAUGUCAACUCUGCUGUGGAGACUGAGAAUGAUAUCAAUAAUGCCAUCACUGCCAUCCGCCGCAAUGGAGUUGCCCUCAAAGGUAACAUAGAAACCAAACAUACCAUGCCGCCAUCUGUCAAAUCCAGAAAUAAUCUCCUUCGCACAGGCUUAGACCUCUAUGCCAAUGUGAUGCACUGCCAGUCCCUCCCCGGAGUCCAGACUCGCCACCAGAACAUCGACAUCAUAAUCAUCAGGGAGAACACAGAGGGAGAGUACAGCAGUCUGGAGCACGAGAGUGUAUCAGGUGUUGUGGAGAGUCUUAAAAUCAUCACCAGGAACAAUUCCCUCAGGAUCGCUGACUAUGCCUUCCGACUGGCUAGGGAGAAAGGCCGUCGUAGGGUCACUGCCGUACACAAGGCCAACAUCAUGAAGCUCGGCGAUGGCUUGUUCCUGCAGUGUUGCAAAGAAGUGGCCUCUGGUUACCCAGACAUCACAUUUGACAGCAUGAUUGUGGACAACACCACAAUGCAGCUGGUGUCCAAGCCCCAUCAGUUUGAUGUGAUGGUGAUGCCCAAUCUGUACGGGAACGUGGUGAGCAACGUGUGUGCAGGCCUGGUGGGAGGACCUGGCCUUGUGCCUGGAGCCAAUUAUGGUCGUGACUAUGCUGUCUUUGAAACAGCCACAAGGAAUACAGGGAAGAGUAUUGCAGACAGGAACAUUGCAAACCCCACUGCCAUGCUGCUAGCCAGCUGCAUGAUGCUGGACCACCUUAAGCUUUAUGAUUAUGCAAGUUUGAUCCGGAAUGCAGUCCUCACCACCAUGAAUGAAACCAGGUUGCACACCGCUGAUAUUGGGGGUCAGGGCACCACAUCUGAGGUCGUCCAGUCCAUCAUGAGGAUCAUUCAGAGUAAAGGGCAGCUCACGUCAGAGCUCUAAACCAUCACUGAGGACACCACAGGCGCACAAACACACACACACACUCUCUCUCUCUCAUCAGAGCUGUGAGUUUGAGCAGGUGUCUGGAUGUAGGACAGGUGUACAGUCUGAGAGAAGGAUGUCCAUGCAUGUCUGUUUCCAUAGCGGCAGCUUUAAUCGCCGACAUCACAAUGGUUCCUUUUUUUUUUUUCCUUGUUCACACAGCUAACUAACCAUUUCACUGUACAAAUGACCUUUUAUCAACACCUGUGUGUUUCACACAUAAUAAUGACCAUAUCCGGCCUCUUUUUAAAACUGUUUACUUUUGAUAAAAUUUCGUUAUCGCUCCUAUGAGAUGAUAAAUCCUACUUUAAGAAUAGAUUAUAUUCCCUGACUUCAUCAGAUUCAUUCAUUUGAAAAUCUGUUCUGAGAAAUUGUUAUGAAACAUGAAAUGGCCUCUUUUUUGCAGCAUCAGUCACCAAACACAUCACGGCGUCACGGCAUAUCUUCAGAUGAACAAACAUUGUCUACUGUUUUUGUGCAAAAUCAUCUUUUCAAAUGCCUUUCAGUGUGGAUCGUUAUUUAUUCUACAGCUUAAGACUAUGUUACAGCUUUGUCAGUCAACCAAAAUGUGCUAUGUUAACACCUUUAACGGUUUUUUUUCUUUGACAUUUUGCCAAAAUGAGUUUUAUUUACUGUACUGUGCUGUAUAUUCACAUCAUAAUAACUGUACUUUAAAAAUGGUGAUGUAGCUUUUUCAUUUAUACUGUAUCAUCAGAGAAAGGGUACGCCAAGUAACUGCUGUCAAAGGUGAACUUUUACACUCUUGCCAUAAUAAUCUUGUCAGCUAAGUGUAGAUCAUGUUACAUGGUAUAUCCCUGUUCUCUUAAAAGCUAACCAGGCAAGAGCACUUAAAUCUUGACAGGAAAAGACUGGUUUUAUCAUGUCUGGGGGUGGGUGAUAUAUACUGUAUAACGUGAAUAUUAUCAAUAAAGAAAUAAUCUGUCUUGUUGAUCUUUGUGGGCAGAAGUUUGGAUUUGAAAA